UCCAAAACAGUUCUUUCAACCUUUUCUUUUGUUAUUAUAUUCAGGAUAUAUAUUGUAUAGCCUUUAAUAAAAAAGUUUUUUUUUUUUUUUUACAUAAAUAAAUAAAAUUGCAAAGGAUAGCAUUUGCUCUUCUAUUGUUAUAAUCACAGAUAUUCACACUCAUAUAACUCUCAAUCAUCGAAGGAGCCCUCUGAAUUUCGCACUAAUUUCAAGCGAGAUUGUUUUAGGGUUUUCAGUUUCUGAAACUCGGUUGGUAUAGAACCGUUCAUCAAUGAAAGGGGAAGUGCAGCUGCAACCACCGGUGGUUCAGCAGAACCUUAGUGAUUCCGAGCCUUUACUCGAAAACCAGGAGGAGGAUGUGUCCCCUGUAAGCUCCACUGAGAUCAAAGAUGAGGACUUGGAGGCUGGUUCACUCCCUUGCUGUCGAAUUUGUCUUGAAAGCGAUUCCGACCCAGAGGAUGAAUUGAUAUCUCCAUGCAUGUGCAAAGGGACCCAACAAUUUGUCCACCGUUCAUGUCUUGAUCACUGGCGCUCGGUAAAGGAAGGAUUUGCCUUCUCUCACUGCACUACUUGCAAAGCCCAAUAUCAUCUCAGGGUUGAAUUGUUUGAGGACAAUUCUUGGCGUAAAGCAAAGUUUAGACUCUUUGUUGCAAGAGAUGUUUUCCUUGUUUUUCUGGCUGUACAGACCGUAAUUGCGGGUAUAGGUGGCUUCGCAUACAUCAUGGACAAGGAUGGGAACUUCAGGAACUCCUUUGAUGAUGGUUGGGAUAGGAUACUGUCAAAACAUCCUAUACCAUUCUAUUAUUGUAUUGGAGUGCUGGCUUUCUUUGUACUGAUCGGGUUUUUCGGUCUCAUACUGCAUUGCACCUCCCUCAACAGCAAUGACCCCAGAAUGGCUGGUUGUCAGAAUUGUUGUUAUGGAUGGGGCAUCCUUGAUUGCUUUCCUGCAUCAAUGGAGGCUUGUUUUGCCCUUGUUGUGGUUUUCGUAGUCAUCUUUGCUAUUCUCGGCAUUGCUUAUGGUUUCCUUGCAGCCACCAUGGCAAUCCAAAGAAUUUGGCAAAGGCACUACCAUAUUCUCACCAAAAGGGAGCUUACAAAGGAAUACGUAGUAGAGGAUCUAUGUGGGACUUAUGUCCCACCAAAGUUGGAUCCAGAACAUGAAGCUCGCUUGAAAAUGCUCAAGCUUUUGUAAAUCACGGUGCACAAACCUGUAAAGAUGAUUUUUUAAAGUAUUGAGUUGCUUUAUUAUACGGUAACAUUCUCUUAUGAUUACCAACCUUGCUUGCCAGAGCUUGGAUUGGUUUAUGUGCUCUUUUGUUUCUUUUUUCAUAAAUCUUUUUAUCUGGGCCUUCACCAAAUUCUGUAUACUGAAAAUAUGAGUCCUGAGAGAAAUGAGGAAAAUACAAAUAUAUGCAUUUGUUUGUGCAGGCA